GUCUCCUAGUCAUAAGUAGCGGUACGUCGCAAGGAGAACGCUUUUGUUCUCUUUUCUUUAUUUAUUUCUUUGUUUUCUUUUUAACGAUAGAGAAUUAGAGGCUUAGGGCCUACCUGAAUGAAAUUAAUAUCGCAAGUAAUUUAAUUGCUAUUCGUUCGUUCCAAUUUCUGCGUAUUCGAGGUCUCGCUCUAGUUCAUAGCCUCCCGGAGAAACAUCGUCGGGGAUUUCGCAAUUCUCGUAGAUACAGGAAACGUCGUUAAAACUGACUUUAGGUGGCGGCACACCGCGUAAGAACUAUGGCCGUGCGCAGUAUACGCCGGGCAUGCGUGUUUAACGACGUAGAAGCGGCAAAGUCUAAUUAUUGAUCACCGCAUCGUCGUCGUGCACGAAAGCGAGUUCAAGUCUUCAUUGUCUAACCGACGAACUCGUUAUUAUUUCGUCUUUGAAUUUUCAAUCGUAUGGAUUUUCAAUCGUAUGGAUUACAACAAAUUUGUUCUAAUAAAAAAAGAAAAUCAUAGGCGCCACGGAGCGCGGUACUUCGAAGGAGACGAGCCUUUUGUAAAUAUUGGUGCUGCGGAUGUUGUCUCAAGGACGAAGAAGCUGUGGAAUCGCUCUCGGAACGACUACCGGACGGGAAACCAUAAAUGUCCAGUAAUAGCUGAUCCACGAGCGAACAAACCCGUACUUCCUCCUUGUUAUCUCGUAUCGCCAGUGGUGCUGGAUACUUCUGCAAUAACAUAGGAUAAGACAAGUCCUUGGAUUUAUCGCAGAAACGUGUGAUAUUCAACGGAUACCUUUGGACUCCUCCGCAAGUUGUUGUCGUUUUUAACGUCGACGAUCAUUUCGAAUCGUCGAGUACUCGGAACACCUUCUAUAGACUUGCUCCUUCGUAUCUGUCUUUUAAUCGCCGGCGUAACGCUCUCGCUGGCUCUUCUAAUCGGUAAUUUUUUAUUCAAUUCCAUAAAGUCCGGACCUUCGAACCUUUGCUCGAUCAAAUUACGUUUUUUCGUUUUGCGGAUCGAAGAGAAGGGAUAACCGAUCGGUGAGUAAUCGAUAUUUCUCGUUCGAUGACUGACAAAGACGUCGCCAAAAACUCUUUCGUUUUCCACGGCGACGCAUUUCACGCGAUAACUUAUCUCGGAAUGAUUCUUCAGCGGUAUCACUUUGCAAUUCAUGUCGAACGAUCGGUUCUCCUCUUCGCAUUAGAAAUUAUUAUUAGACGACGGGCUUUUCAAUUCAGUUAAAUUAUAUUAUAGAAAGAUAGGAUACGUCGGUGGAAUCGAUGUAUUUGAUUAAACGCAUAGAACGAACGUGAGAACGCCCCUUGACGUGUCCCCUGUUCACUGUGUCGUGCACUCGUACGCACGAUAGAAAGAUAGAUUUCAGUUUCACGCGACGUAAUUAAAGAUAGCCGUCUAAUUGUAAGUCGACAAGCCUGGCAGAAAUCUUGACACGUCGUUCUAACAGAUUCUUCCUUCGACAAGCGGUUUGAAUAGGGGAAAAAAAUAGACUGUCGCUGCGAAGUCGUGGAAGAAACAAACGACGAUACGCCGUGAUAACGAUGCCGAGAAUGAUCUCGUCAGGGCCAAAGGCAAUGCCGUUGCAAUUAAAUUUAUCUAACGGGUAGUAGUACUUAUCGUUUGCCCGCACUCCUCUUACGUAGACGGCCGAUCAAGCUUUUUCUUAGAUAGAUCGAUAGGAUGAAAAUAAUGUUGCAUUAUAACGCUCGAACACACUUGGUCUUCGGUACUAAAACACUUUCUACAACGUGCCUAGUUCCUGCAUUUCGUUCUGGACAGCGUUCUAGACGUUAUCAGAAACCGGUAAUACCCUUCUGGUAGCCAGGCCACAACUGGAAACGUCGGCGAUGAUAAUCGCUUCAUUAACCGCGCACACCUACAUUACUAACUGUCGUAUCGCUGAGUGGUCGUGGACGUGGAAAUGAAUAAAUUAAACAGACGCGUUGCGCUUAUAUUUAUCAUCCGUUCGCUUCUUGAUUCGGAGAGUAGUUGAUCCCUCGGAAGAGAACAAAAAUUACACCACGUAUAAUUUUUUUUCCUCUUCCUGCACUAAUGCUCGAGUCAUUAUUUUUCUUCUCGAAUUUUUCUCUUCGCUCACAAAAAUUGCUUUGAGAAUUUGUCUCUCCAUUACGUCGUAAAGAAAAUAGUGAAAGAAACGGAAAAGCUCCUAUUGUACGUAUUUAUACUCGUAAAAUAUUAUAGGAGAUCGUAUUAAUUCGCUUUUCGGUUCUCGACGAAGAACUUUAUCGUUACGUGGUUGCGACGAUAACGCGAGCAUAGACGAGUGCGCGAACCUACGCCGUGAGAAUUUAAAGCGGACGAUGGUCGCGCUAAUCAUUCACCUGGUGAAGCUCAUUGACCCCUUUCUAAUCGGUAAGCUUCGAAGGGGACCCCUAUCCAUUACUUUUUUUCACAAUUUUCCUUCCCACGAUCGUCGUCCGAUCGACGACGACAGUUUUCAGUCUCGGACGAGUACCCUGAAUAAAAGGGAAUACGAACGUAUUCGAAGCUUUCGGACAGAUAAGUGUCGUAGUAGUAGAUUAUCAUAAAUAACGUUUAUUGCUAUAGCCGCGAUAAUUGCCAUGGGAGAUAUUCCCCGUUGACUUUUCUAUUCCCCAUUUAUUUUGUGCAACGCGAAAGAUGUAAUAAGUGGCCUUUAUCGAAAGUGGGCCGUAUCGGGAAAGCAAAUGUUAAAUCGAUGUACACAAUUCGCGAUCGAAAUAACGUAGCUAUGGUAGCGAAACAAAGAUGGAGAUUAUUCCAUCACGGCUCAUAUAUCGUUUAUCGUUUCUCUUCCAUGAGCCCAAACGUCUAUCUAUCUCAUCGCGUUAAUUAGAUUUCGAUGUGAAAAUCUUCGGAUAUGUCCGUAAUUCCUUGUCCUUGCAACGAAGAAAAAGAUUCGGAGGAAGAUGGAUUGCGUCCUCGUACCGACGAAAUUUAUCGAACGUGCAAGCUCCCGACGCGAUUUAUCUAUCCAAGUGAGUAUGACGAAGUGACGCGACAUGUGAAGGAGCCACGAUAAAAUCCAUGAGAAAGGAGUUGUUAAUGGAAUAAGCAAUAAAAUUGCGCCAAUACUUUCAAUUGUGCAAAACUUGUGUACUAUCGGUACACAACCGAUAACCUUUCCUUGACCUUAGACCACUUCUAUCUUUUUCUCCGAAAGAGUGUAUCGUUAGAAAAGUUGAAUUUGAAAGACGAACUAAAAGCGAAAUCGGCUCGCAUCGAGAAAUCGCUUAUUUAUCGUCUUCGAGCGUGCGGUCUUCGUCCGACGUAACGAUACGUAAGGUAAUCCAAUGAACGCCUUUAUCUCAAACCUCUUCCCGCUGGUACACGUAUUACGUUCAAUUUAUCGAAGAAGAAUCGGGAAGAGAGAAAAAGGGAAAAAGAAAGAAUAAUUUUAAUAAAUCGAAUAAACAGUUGUGUCCGUUUCCAAGGGGAAUCAAUUAUUCCGAGGGGCGGAUCAAUUAGCGCCCUUUAAUCAAUUUAUGUCCUUCUCUAUCGAUCUUAAUUAGUUAGGGUUAGUCGAGAAUAUCGAAGGAUUUGAACCUUCCUCUCCCUUACCGUCAAUAUUCCUCUCGCCAUUCCUUAUUCUUCGCAAUUAGUCGUAAAGUCUACCGCGAGAUAUUCUCGUUAAGUGCACGAUAACGCUCGGCUAUUAAUAAGCAGGCCGUACUCGAUCACUGCGUGCGCACCCGCAUUCGAGACUUAUCACGAAUAAUAAGCGUUUUUAUGUAUGUCACCGCGUAUACCUCGUGUAUUAUUAGUCAUUGUUAUCCGUAAAGAGUCAGUUUCCUUAACGAUUGGAUCCACCAAGUACGAACCUAGCUGCGAAUAUCGCGUUUAUCGUUAUUAAACUUUACCUCGUUGGUGAAAAUGAAUUUCUCUCUUUCUUUCAAUCUCGUUGUUUUAUUCUUUUCUUUUUUUUUUUUUUUCAAUGUGUCGUUGUUUAAACGAAUUCUUUUUCAAAAUAAGAUAGAAAUGAUGACGGAUGGAAAUUAUUCGACAACGAUCGAAUAUCCUGCGUUAAGUUUGAUCCAAUAAUGCGAAGCAUUAAUUACUCGCAUCGAAGUAAGAAAAAGGGCUGAGCUGGGAAGAAUAUCGAGUAUCUUAAUGAUUUUACGAGCUUUCGUGGUUCAGGCGGGAGAAACUCGGACAAUCGGCGUAUUUAUGCCGAGAAUGCGAUAUCUCGAGAAAUGGCAAAUGCGACGAGAGAGAAGUCGUGUCUAUAUGAAGAGAAAACGAUCUCCCACGGGGUCAGUGGAAGUUCAGCUUCACGUUUGAACGUCACGACGAACGUCAUGCUGUGCUUUCUCGUUCUCGUCUUACGAGUUCUCUCGUCUUCCCCGUUAUUCGCGUACGCUUAUGCGGACGAAGAAAUCGAUUGUCAGGUAUACAAUCAUCUUCACGUUUGUCUCUCGAACGGAAUACUCGAGAGCGUAGCAUUUAAGGACGUAAAGGCCGUUCAAACGAUCGAGGAUACGGAAUUGCAUCUAGAGGAUCUUGCCAUCACGGAUAUCAGAAAGAACGCGUUUCUACGAGUCAACAGUUCGACGGCCCUUUAUUUACGAAACAACGGUUUAUCGAUCGUCUCGAAGCAUUAUUUCGAGUCCCUCGAUCAAUUGACGUAUUUGGAUUUACGAAACAAUUCGAUCCGGGACAUCGAGGAUGCCGCCUUCGCUGGAUUAAAUUAUUUGGAGACGUUGCUCUUGGAUUAUAAUAACGUUUCCUACUUACGGCCGAACGUUUGGAGGGGCUUGACCGAACUUCACGAGCUCUAUGCCACCAACAACAAUAUCGUGCUGAAGAGAAAUGCGUUUAAGGGUUUGAGACAAUUGGAGACGCUCGCCUUGGAUUCUAAUGGUAUAACGGAAAUACCGAUCGGCACCUUCGCCGGGCUACCCCACAUCGAUCUACUUUACUUGUCGAGAAACAAAAUAUCCACCUUCCAGCCGGAUGUAUUCCGUGGGCUUAAUGAGAUAAACGAGUUGGAUCUUGGAAAGAAUCGUUUCCAAUCUCUUCCGGUUGGAGCGUUUCGAUAUUUGAAGAGCUUAAAUUCUCUUUGGUUGAACGGGAAUGCGAUCGAAGCGAUCGAAAAGGACACCUUCGAGGGUUUGGACGAUCUCUCGAUUUUGUUUUUGAAUAACAACGAACUUCGUUACGUCGACAUGUCGGCUUUCGCCAAAAUGAAAAUUGUCACCGUAGAGCCCGGCUUCAAGAUAAACGACGAACUGGUCGAACAUUUUUCCGAACAUACUGGAAAAUAUCAUUGUACCAACGUUCUCUUUCAGGAACCCUACGAUUGCAGAUCGUAAUUGUCAGCGUCCAGUUCAAAAUCGUGAUCUGUCCGUGACAAAUUGUAUACGCGUAUAAUAGCCCCUACGAUUAUAAUAUCGAUUACAGUCAAUUAACAGUUUAGAGUUUCUACCUAGAGAAAUUUGUCGAAAUGUAAUAGCUUUGAAAAAACGUAUUAAGUGACUUUAGGAAACGUUUGCAACACGUAUAUAUAUGUAUAUAUAUAUAUAUAUAUAUAUAUAUAUAUAUAUAUAUAUAUACACUUCUCGCACGAAAAGUGCAUGAAAAGAAUUUAUCGUUCGAUAUCGGUCACGUGGAACGCACGAUGAUAAAUGUAUUAAGCAGCUGCGACUGUUAUGCGUAUGUACUAAAAUAAACUGUAUGUAACGCGUCUCCGAGUCGACUAUGAGAAAACUAUGCAAAUAGGCAAAUAGCUCGAGCGAGUUGUUGGGAAGUAAAAUUUAUCGAUUUAAUAUCGAUCGAUUUUCCAACGAAGAAAUAUACCUAAGCGCUUAUACUGAUCUAUCGAUCGUCGUCUUUAUAGGGGUAUUCAAAGGAUAUCGUCAAGAUGACCUUCCUCUUCCACAUCCCUGCUAUAGGAGUACUUCCAUGGAUUAUGGUUGGUACGCGCCUACGAUUCAUACCGUUCCUACAACCUACUAUCCUCGAAAUGCUUUCU